AUAAAAAAAUAUCGGGAACUUAUCGUGGACUUUCACGGACAAUUAUUUUCUGCUACUUUAUUAAAAACUACUUUUCACAUCGGAGAGAAUACACGAAAAUUAUGUUCAUAUUGUCAGGUAUUUUAUAAGGGUCGGUUUGAAAGCACAUUAAACCUCUGCAAAAUGAUUUUAAUAGUGAUAGUAAAAUAUUUAUAAGGUUAAAUAAAAUAAAAUGAAGGGUAUUCCCCCCCCCCCACCCCAGAGAAGCCGAGUGAGAAGAGCGUUAAGGCAAGAUACUUGGAAGGAAAAAAAAUAAAAAAAACGCCAGUGGAAUAUAUAAAUGCGCGUUUCAUGUUGUGUGAUUAACUGUAUCAAAUAUAGAAAGCUGUUCGAUAAAGACACGAGGAAGCGGGUUCUUCCGAAGCGGUGUGAUGAUAAUGACCUGCGCUUGAACGAUACUGAGAUGUUUCUAGGAAAAGGAGGGUAUGCCGAUGUCGGCGAUGUGGCGAGUGUUUCAAUCACUCUCGACUCUUGUUCUGCGCGCCUUGACAGAACCGCGUUGUUACUUUCCAGUUCCUCGCGUGUCUAACAAAGGUGUUCCCGACCAGGUGUUUGCCUCGAGAACAGCAAAACCAAGAGGUUUACUCAGAUCUGAAGCUUGAACAGAGAGCAUCAAACACGCAGACUAGGCUUUGACUCGCUUGUUUUGGAAACACGAUAUUGACAGCCAUCAAUCCUGUCGCUUCAUCCUUUAUUUGACAUGUUAUUAUUAUUGUACGGAACGAGCAGUUGCUGUUUUGCCUUGGAUAAUACUGCUCGCCUGGGCUUAUUACAUUAAAACAAGAAAGACACUCUCAUGGGCACCCUGGCGCUGUGAGCAUCACCAUGUUAGCCAUCCAGAACAUGUCCCAGCUGCUCCCUCCCUUGAACUCCAAUGGGACGGUAGGCCAGGGGAACGGGACCCAGGAUGAAGUUGCGGCGGUGCCAGACCCCCCACCGGUCAACUUUUCUGUCUCUGCCAUCAUCCCCGGCCUGUCUAUGACACUGGGCGCCAUCUCCAACAUCAUCGCCUUGGUCAUCCUGGCUAAAUCUUACGCCCGCUUCCGACGGCGCUCCAAAGCCACCUUCCUUCUGUUUGCCAGCUGCUUGGUGGUGACGGACUUCGCAGGACAUGUGAUACCGGGAGCAUUUGUUCUCCGGUUGUACGCUGUACACAAAAAAUGGAGCGAUAUUGACCCCACGGGAGCGUUGUGUCAGCUCUUUGGGGCAAGCAUGGUCUUUUUUGGGCUGUGUCCACUCUUUCUUGGCUGUGUGAUGGCUAUUGAGCGCUGUGUGGGAGUCACCCGCCCGCUCCUGCAUGCUUCUCUGGUGACCUCGACCCGUACUAAGCUGACACUCUCAGGGAUCUGGCUCUCUGCUCUCUGCAUCUCCCUGCUGCCCAGCCUGAAUGUGGGCAACUACUCUAUACAGUUCCCCAAUACCUGGUGCUUUAUCAGGGUGCAUGGCCCCAACCAGAGCUCAGACCUGGCCUUUGGACUCCUCUUCUCCCUGCUCGGCCUGGCCUCCUUGGGAGUGUCCCUGGUUUGCAACACCAUCAGCGGGCUCAGCCUGGUCCGUGCACGCUGCCGCAAGCGCACCUGCAACCGGAGAGCCAAGUCCCACGACAUUGAGAUGGUGGUGCAGCUGCUUGGGAUCAUGGUGGUGUCCUGCAUCUGCUGGAGCCCCAUUCUGAUCUUCGUGGCUCUGUCAGUCAGCCAGUCGCUCAGCAGCUCACAGUAUGACGUGCGACACUACGAGUGGCUCAUGUUCCUGGGGGUGCGGCUGGCUUCCUGGAACCAGAUCCUGGACCCCUGGGUCUAUAUCCUGCUGCGGAGGGCCGUCCUGAGGAAGAUCUAUCAGAUUGUGAUGAGGCAGGGAGACCUCAAGGGCAGCAAGCUGGGACGAUGGGAGGCCAGCUCCUUCCAGAGCUGUGAAGGGACAGUCAUGAAGCGGCUCUGACCCACCUGCGCACACCUUUCUUCAGCUGUGCUUCAUGAACCCUCCCUGGGAGAGGAAGCAAUAGGGUCUGACCCACCUACGCACACCCAUCUUCAGCUGUGCUUCAUGAACCCUCCCUGGGAGAGGCAGCAAUAGGGUCUUCUGCAACUCCGUUGGCUCAAACAAGGACCAUGGAUUUUGCUUUUUCCACAUUGUAUGUGGAGUACAUGAAAUGUGCCUCAAAUGUUUCUGCUGGAAGCUUGUUAGACUGGGAUAAGCAUUUGGAAGCAGUGUAACCAACAUCACAUUGAUCUAAUCCAAUAGGACAGCCGGCGGAGAAGGUUAUGAAACUACAUCCUGCUGUCGGCCAUGUUGGCUCAAUCUGCUGUCUAGUUUGACACAAUGCUGAUUCUGUGUUUGGCAGCAGUUUGAAAAUCACCUCCUACUCUCAGGAAUCUGCUGGGAGAAGGUGAGACAUAAGAACAUAAGAUCAGUUAGGAAGGAGAGCAGCCCAUCUGGUCCAUCUUACUUGUUUGGUUCCUAGUAAGCGAUUGAUUUCAGAACAGCUUGGAAAACCAUCGCACAAAAUGUGGAGUUCGAAAUAGUGACUGGGGUUGACUGCACAGAGUAGCACUCUUCAGAAGAGGCAAUGGAGUUCUGUGCAACCUUUAACACGAACAUUUCUGAAUGAGAGGAGGCCAAUCAGCCCAUCAGUGCUGGUCCUAGUAGCUGAUUGUAUUGCUGGAUAAACCUUACCAACAAACUCAGUGGCACUUCAGUAAUCCAAUGGUAGCAAAAGGGCAGCUACAAGGAUGAGGCUGUCAUUGGCAGAAUGGUAGCACAUAGCUUGACAUUCACUGGUAUCACAAUUAACCAUUACACACUGCCAGUUAGAGCUGGGACAGACAUCGCUUUCAUGUUCAGAUAUUCUUUCUUUAAACAGUUAUUGCAAUAUUUUUGAAUUAGGUAGAAAAAUAACCGUGGCACUCUUAUUAAAUGACCUGUUAAAGGAUGGAAAGAAACGCUGGUAUGUGCGUGGAAUGUGUGUACUUGAUUUCAGACAUCGAUUAUGUGUUUCCUGUGCAUGGUAUCUGUAAUAUAGUAAUAUAUAAACUCUGUGACAUGAAUGAAUAGGAACAUGGUUAUUUUUGCCAGUAUACAUUUCAAGCAAUGUGAUAUCAUUUUGUAGUUUCUUUGAUUACAUGAUGUUAAAGAAAAUAUCUAAAUUAUGUUCAUCUUAUUUUUUUUUAAUUAUGUCACAAUCCUAAAAUUUUAGGUGCUGCAAAGCCUUUGGCCAGAGCUGUAAUACAAUGUAUUUAAGUCUGUUUGUCCUUCUUUGCACUGUGACACAAUACACUCCUGUGCAAUGUU